AUGGAAAAGUGUAAAGUAAAAUUAUCCUUAAUUUCUGUAUUAGUCUGCUUUUUAGUUUUUAUUACAUUUUAUAAAAGAUAUAGAUAUGAUUUUUAUCGAAAAUAUGAUGAACAAAAAAUAUUACUAUACUCGGAAGAAGCUUUUUAUUUUUCCUUUUACGAUGAUUUAAUAAAAGCUAAUACUUAUAAAGAAGGGCUAAAUUUAUUAAUAAAAGAUAACAGGAGUGAAUACCCUGAUACAAUAAAUGCAGUUAAGCGUUUUAACAUUUACCCUGAGAUUAUACUUGGAACCAUAUGGAGAAUAUUAAAUUUAAAAUCAUUUUUUACCACACCUUUUAAUUUUUAUUCAUAUGCUGCAAUUCUAUCACAGGCUGCAAGUGUUAGUGUAUUAUUUUUUUUUUCAGUUUAUAUAGGAAAAUCAUAUUUUAGUGGGAUAAUAUUUCUAAUGCUUUUUUUCUCUUGUUUUCGUGAAAAAUUUAUAAUAAGGCUAUCAGCUUUUUCUUUGAGAGAAAAUUUCGCAUCUGUUUAUAUGUGGUGUAAUAUCCUACUAUUAUAUAUAAUUCUUAAGGAAAAACAUAACUCGUUUUUUAAAUACCUAUGUUUAUUUUUCUCUUCUUUUUAUUUUUUUAUUUUUUGGCAAUUUUCUGUUUUUGCUUCAUUAACACAUAUAAUUGCUUUAUUUAUAGUUGAAUUACUGGAAUAUAAAAUAUCAAAAAAAUUAAAUUACAUAUUACUAACAUUUUUUUCUUCAUAUAUUUUAUCAGUAAUAGUAACCUUUUUCCCAAGAUAUUUAUUAUAUACAUAUUUUCCUUUUGUUCUUAUUGCCAUUAUUGUCACGAAUAUUCUAUUUAAUAAUUUAUAUGAAAAAAAAAAAGUGAAUUCUGAUGAAAACUGUGAAAAUAAUUUAGAUUAUCUGAAUAAGGAUAAGUGUGAGGAUCCUAAUUUAGAUAAAAAAGUAAGAAAUAGAAAAAAAUAUAAGGAUGGUGAAGAAAUAAAAAAUGUGAUAAAUAGUGAAAAUGAAAAAAGUGAUACAGAUAAUUUAAUAAAAAGAAGAUAUAACUUACUACAAAAAGUUAAGACCAUAUUAAGAAAAGGAUUAACAUCUUUAUUUAUAUUUUUUAUUUUAAGGUUGUUAGUAAUUCAUCAAGAAAAAGAUGAUUCACAUGUGUUAACUUUAUUAAAAGUACGUUUAAAUCUAGCUAAUCAUAAUUUUGAUAGUAUGAUAUACAGUUUAGGUACUGAAUUUAAUCCUUUUGCGAAAUUUAUGUUUAAAAUGUUAAAAGAUUCGGCUUUAUAUGAUUAUAUAAUUUUAUCCAGUAUUAUUGUUUUAAUUUAUAACAUAAAUUAUCUUACAUAUACAUAUAGAGGGAGAAAAAAAUUUUUUAAUUAUGAAAUAUUAGAAUCUCAAUUUAUUUUUUUGAUAAUUCAACUUUUAUUUUAUGUAUUAUUAAUGGUAAUCAUAUCUAGACUCCGUGUUUUAGCUUUACCUUUAUUGUGCUUAUUUGGUAGCUUAGUGGGGUCACCAUCCGUUUUAAGUGAUCUUUAUUCAUUUACAAAAAUAAAUUUUUCCUGUUCAAGGUCAAGUAAAUUUGGAUUAUCAAAAAUAGUGAUUUAUACCUUCUGUCUUUUAGGGUGUUUUUAUCCCUUUAUGAAAUAUUUCCCAAAAUAUGAAUAUUUAAAUAUGUUAGAGAAUGAACCACUAAAUUUACAUAAAAAUAUAGAUUUAAUUAAUUGGCUGAAAAAAAAUGUUAAAGAAAAUGAGCCCAUAAUGGCAGAUAUACCUACAUCCAGUUUUUUAAGAUCAAGUACAAAUUUUAAAUUAAUAUUACAUCCACAAUAUGAAGAUGCAAGCUUACGUAAAAGGAUUCAAGAUUUUUACAUGUUGUCAGCUUGCCUUCCAUUUAGUGAUGCGAAAAGAUAUUUUUAUGAAAAAUAUAAAAUUAGAUAUUUUGUUAGUAGUAUUUAUAGAUGUGCAUCUUCAGGAAGCGAUAUCAAUAUUUUUUCAAUUUCUGAUAAAGUCGAUUCUAAUUAUGCUAAAUGUAAUAAUAAGAAUAGUAUGAGAUUUUGUAGUCGUAUACUAUAUGAUAAUAAAAAUUAUAAAACACUUUUUCGUAAUGGAAAAUAUAGUGUUAUAUAUUUUAAUCCUGAAAUAAUAGAAGAUAAUUCUCCAUACGAAAUGUUUAAUCAAUUAAAAUAUUCAGAUAUAAAAUAUUAUGAACCAUGGAUAAAUGAAUGUAAAAGAACGGAUGACAAAUGUGCCCUGCAUAUAGCUGAAGUUGCUAGAUCUACUUUAGAUUUGCUAGGAUAUCGUAUGAUAUCUUCAACUUUAUAUAAAUAUGUUGAAAAUAAUUAUCUUGAUAAAGAUGUUGAUCUAAUUUAUCAUUUAGGAGAAUAUUAUGAUUUUGAUUUAAAAGAUACAAAGAAAGCAAAUGAACUAUAUAGAAAAGCUGUUGAUCUUAUAAUAAAAGAUAAAGAUGAUUUAAGUAGUUACAUAACUGGUCAAGUCCCUUUUGUUUCUUUACCUAGAAAAAUAUUCAUUAUAUCAUCAUACAUUUAUUUUUUAGUAGAGUUAAAAUUAUAUAAAAAUGAGGAGGACUUAUUUAUAUUAUAUAAAAAUAUAAAUGAUUUCGUAGAAACAAUUCUAUUUGCAUUAGAUAAUGGAUAUUAUUAUGAAAAAUUAAAAUUGGAUGUAUCAAAUGAAAAGGAAAAAAUAGUAAAAAGAUAUAUAUAUGAAAAAGAUUUGGAUACACUGGUUGAACUUUUGUGCCAUAAUUCAACAUAUAUAUAUCAAAGUAGAAAAGAAAAUCCCCAAUAUGUAUAUAUAUAUAAAAAUUUAUGGAAUUUAAUAAAAAGAAUAUCUUAUUUAAAUGAAUGUGUAAUACAAAAUUUUCAUAUAUUUGAGAAAAGACAAAUAAAUUUUUUAGAUUAUUUAAAAUUUUUUUACGUUUAUCGUUAA